GGGACAGGCUCAAGCUGCAGUUCCAGGAAAAGGAGAUUGGGGGCUUCCAAGCGCGUCUGGCUAGCUACAAAUCCACGCUUGCCAUCGCUCUUGAUUUCUGUACCCUCAAAACCGCUUCGGAUAACCUUGAUGCAACUAAAGAUCUUGAAGCAAAGAUCGAGGCGACCACUGCCCUCCUCACAGGGCAAAUGCAAGGCCUCCAGAUCGGCAUGCAAGCCAUUCUUGAUGCAAGCUCCGUGACCGAAGAGCCCGACGAUGCCGGUCCUCAGAGCCGACUCACGAAGACCCAGCAGUCCGAGGUUCUGCAGGCCAUUGAGCGGCAAACGGUUGCACUCAGCCACUGCUAUCGGGCUUGCAUGGCAGCAUUCAAAGAGACAACGAAGGCGACAGGCCACGAGUAUAAGUUUGUGAAAGCGUCCAAAGAAGCGAGGCUACUCAUGGGCGACCUAGGCAGUGUGGCGGGGGGUGCGCUACACAAGUACAGCAACAUCGAGGUUGAUGGAGGGCAUGUCGUGGCUGGGAACAUGGAGGGCCAAUUUGCGAAGGAUUUCUUCAA